AUGGGGCUUCUUCGAAAGACCUUUGCUGUCACAGGCUGGACUACUCUGGGUGCCACGGCUAGCUACUUGCUGUGGACUCGACAGUCUCACAUCGUUGAUGUCCCCGCCAAUGACUAUCUCUUCAACACAACCCUCUUCUCACGCURCAACCCCAACAACUCGCCGGUGACGCAAGAUCUCUGCGUGCGAAAGGUUCCCCUGACCAAGAUCCGCCCUGAGCUUCUCGAAAAGGAAGGCAAGCUCGUCGAGGCGUUUAGUGCUGGCCUUUGGGGUGGGUUGGGCUAUGCGUAUCAGCGGCGAUAUCUCGAGAAGAAGUAUCGGUCAGACCCAAUAACUGCAGACCACCUAUGGGAUAGACAAGCCCUGAAAGAGAGCUCUUACGAUGUCGGCACAAAGAUUACAGAUCAUUUCGAAGUCGUUGCAAAGUCACCCGACUCGAUCAUUGUGCGAUGCGGCGACUCACCGCGUAGGCAGGACGUUCGUGCGUCUGACGGGCUGUUUGAAAUGACAGCUGAGAUCAACAAGAAGGAGGGAACUGCGGAGUUUGGGUUGAAAUCGAUAUUCUACAACGGUCUGGGAUCCGACAGUGCACCAAUGCCUGCCCACAUUCAGUGGCUACACCAACAGUAUGACAAAGUACUGAUGGAGACCGCACUCUCCAACUGCACAACCUGA